UAUAUAUAUUCCACGAUGGCAAAGGAAGUUAUUACUACGGAUCAGUUGAAAUAUUAUCGUUUGGUAUCCAACAAUGAUCAAAGAUCGAAAGAUCGUUGGGUAAAAUGCUUCAGUUGGUAUCCGGGCCGGCAGACCAUCGAGUUUAGUCGUAUUCCUCAGAUCUACUGCGACAGUCGUCACAGAUAUGGUGAUGAGGUUUUUCUAAAAUACGCUCGUAGCAAACGGUUAAACAAUAAACAUACCAUUGUCAUCUCUCCUGAGGAUGCUGCAAAUGCAUUGGAGAAUGCUGAAGUCGAUAACGCUCCCAAUGUGAAUGGUGAAGCCAAGGUACCGCCUACAACUAACGGGGAAUAUGGGCGUUUCAAGCCGACCAAAAUGCACUAUUGCUAAACUCAAAGUGUUAAAGGAUUUAUAUUAUUGUAUUUUAAUACACUAUGGAAUUUAAUAAAUGCUUUAAGCAGA